CUGUUCAGAAAGCCUAACGGAUAUCACGGAAAGCUUCGGGCAUCACCAUACACUCGCGGGUGCCACGUUCGAUAUCGAGAUCUGCUUCUCGAUAUUUCUCAUCCAGAUAGCAGCUUUCCGGCCAAUCGGAGGUUAUUCUCUCGCGUUUAUGGCGCUUAAAAAGCCAUGUUUCCUGUUGGCAGAUGUGGUUGAUGUGGCAGAGGGUCGCGGUAGUCGGCUCCCGAGUAGGCGAGUGGCUGAGCCUCGUUAUAGGAGCAAGGGUUGGGACAAGGCCACCUCCCCAUUGGUGGGCUGACAGGAAGGUAGUACCAACAAGCCAAUGAUAGCAACACAUCAGUCCCAAGCCAACGGGUUGCCGUCCGGAAGCCCUGAGAACCGUUUGUGGCUCUGGGUAACUUGCUGCGUUUCGAACCGGGCCUUGUAGGGCAGUCGUGCAGGGCUGGCAACCAUUCCUCCAUCCAUGAUGCACCACUGCCGGAUCCAUCGCGGAUGCUUCCAUCUCUUCGAGGCUGCCUCAAUUGUCUGCUUUGUAUUAAUAACUUCGCGAUGGGGCCGUCUGUCGAAAAUGGCCACACAGGUCAUAUCCGUCGGUAUCCCGUACCCUAUUAUAACUUCGGCGCCGCUUGACUGAUACGUCACAACCCCCAAAUAUGUCGAACGCAUCGUCACCUGUGGCGACGUCCCCUCAACCGGAUGUCCAGAAAGCAUCGAGAGUCUGUCUCAACUGCAAGAGGAAGAAGAAAAAGUGUGACAAAGCGUUGCCGUCGUGCAGUCGUUGUGUCGAAUCAUAUCAAGUCUGCCAGCAUGAGGACGACAUUGUUGCUGGAAAUCCUGUGACGGCUGGGUAUCUGUAUGGAGGAGUGUCUUCGCCGCUUGGGAAUCCGGUCCAGCUUCAUCGACAAUCACCAUUAGCCUGGGGUGGGAGUCUGCGUCCUUCUUUGGUUGCCAGCAUUCGGUCGGCAGAUAAUAUCGACUUGUACGCCCUCCAAUGUGUUAUCGACAUUCUCGAUAGUCGCCAGGGUGUUGAACAGACGGUUUUGGCCUUUUUCGAGGGCCCCAACGCCAGCUGGUUCAGCAUUAUCGAUCGUUCACAUUUCGAGAGGUUACUGGAGGAUUUCUGGACCAGCCCAUCAGCGGAAACAUGUGUUUUGAUACUUUGCAUGUCGCUGAUCUCCCGUCCAACGAUUUCGAGCCCGGGCCCGACACCGAUGGGCGAUACUGUUUAUCAGUCGGCCAAAACACUCUUGAGUUUGGUCCAGAGCCAAAGUAGCCGCCCCAUGUCCACCUCCUUUUUGCAAGCCGAACUCCUAGUCGCCAUGUACGAGUACACUCAGGCUCUACCACAGCAAGCAUAUCUGUCUGUUGGGCGAUGUUUCCAGAUGAGCCGCGCUCUCGGUUGGCAGGAUAAGUCGUACUGGGGCCCAAACAACAUGGCAACUAUACCAAAGAUCCUCAAGCUCCAUUCGAUCCUGUGGUGGGCAAUGGUGUAUAUCGACAACCAUCUUCAUGCUGCAUAUCAGGAGUCCAAGUUCCCCUUGCAUGCUCCCACCCUCGGGCUCGAAUUCGAGAUACCCCAGCCCGAAACUUUCGGUCAAUUUGUGCCGACGCCAUCGCAGCUUCAAAUCCAGAGUGUUGGUGCAGCAUAUUGUGACGGCAACUCUCCCCAUAUCGACGGCAUGGUUUUCCCCGAGGCAACAUCUGCGUUCAAUCUGAACACCGCUCUUAGCCUGCUGGAUAGCCCACUGAUGUUGUCGGAACGCCACGAGGAACUCUCGGAUGCUGUCUGGCAGCACACUCUCGACGUCUUCCAGACUCCGUGGAGUACUGGCGACCGGAGCGGGGCGAUGAGCACCAACUUGAUAGCCAUGCUGAAACUCAUCCAAUCUGGCCUUCUUGCUGGAUCGGCGGGGACCGAUCCGCGCUUUUCCAGCCCUGCUGAGAAUAUGAGGAAGGCUAUCGCGUACCUCCAUAAUGAGGCGGCGAACUUGCCGAGUUUCCAAGAGCGAUUGGCACGGGGGAGGGUGGCUCCUUUCUGGGCUUUUGCGGCGUACUAUGCAUCACUUUUGCUCAUUUCUCAUGGUGAAACGGAGCUCCAAAUGGCGGCGGACUGGCUCCAGAAGGUUAUUGAUUUGAAGAAUAUGCUGCACAUUUGCGCUGGAAGGUGGAAGAUUGCUGAACGUUAUGUUUAUUUGCUCGACCAGCAGCUUGGUGUCCGGCUGGGCACCUAUGUCGGAUGAUUUUCUUUUCGCAUUUUUGGCGUCGUGGGCUAGGAAUAAGAUACCCGUUUUUUGGAGAUUUGGUGUGGUUUUCGGAUUGUGUGCAACGGGGAGAGCUGACAGAGUUCUUUGGUCAUUUUGUGGAUGGCUUGCAUGAAGCGCUCCUCUCUCCCUCGUGAGAUCGAACGGAGGUGUCUGGGUUGGCAGUUUUCGGUACUUUUCUUUCGCUCAUUUGUUGACAAGUCAUUUUCGUUUCUUUUCGUUUUUGGCAUUCGGGCGGGUUGAAAAGCUGCCAAGUUGGAUACUGUCGACUGGUUUUUGUUGUUGAAGGGGUUGGGUUUCUGCUUUGCAUGGUACUUUCCUUGUGUUUGGGGAUGUGAAUUAGAGUUUCCUAGCUUUUUAUCAGCGGCGUCUUCAAAUUGUCUCAAUCAGCCACAGCAUUUAGACCUGUC